AUGGCAACCAAAAACAAGGGUCAGCGACCGUCCGAAAAGUCCCAACCAGGAACAUCGUCCACGAGACUCGAAAAGUCGCGGAAACUGGCUCAAAAGAGGAGGGAGACGUACAAAGACCUGAUGACGGGAAUGAUGGAGAGUCUGCCGUUCACCCAAGAUGUGCUGACUCAGCUAGACUACAACUCCAGGCUGCGGCUCGGCCUCUGCUUUCUCAAGAUGAAGAAACUUCUGGAACAACCGGAAGGGGACAGUCCCAAGAUGAUAGAAGCCCCGCCCACUGCCGGCUGCAGCAGUAAGACCGUGGUGUUCCAGCCAGGCGUAUUGCAAGAACUAAUGAUAGAGGUGAACAUGUACACAUUGUCACCGUGGUAACCAGUAAACACCCACACCUACAUGUAUGUAUGCCGAGUGCUCUAUCGCGACUCUUUAGACCACAAACUGUGUCUGAUAAUCCCAGUAGUACACUCGCACGGUGUUAUGUAAAACUUUCUGCAACAAUCGGGCUCUAGCGCGUCUAU